AUGUGCUCUCCCUCUCAUCUUUUUUCUACUCUCAUUUUUCAAGGAGAAAUUGAGGGCGAAGAAAUUGAACUGGCAAGUGUUGGUAUGCAUCAUCCACAACAGGGCCAAGGAGAUGGAGAACAACUGAACCAACAGGGCAUGGAAGACAUUGAACAACAUGGCGGCUUAGGAGGGGAAGUCAAGGGUGUAGUUAUCGAACUUGCUCAUGUUGAUGUGCGUCAUCCACAACAAGGAGGACUUGAUGAAGCCGAAAGAAUCGAACCGGCACCAACUGGGUAUGCUGAUUCAAAUCAAGGAAAACGGAACAAGAGUUUGAAAAAAGGGGACGGUAAAUUCAGGCAUUCCACCGAAAAGAA